CCGUCGUCCACGGUAUCAACCGGCGCUAAGUUUGAAUUAGAUAACAGCAAGUAUAUUUUACCAGUAUCUCGAACCUAAUUAAUUAUAUUCAAAUAUACUUCUUGUGAUUGUUAUUUAUUAUUCAACACAAAUCGACAAAAGGUAUUCGAGUUCAGUCCCGAUAUAUUACACCAUGGAUGAAGAAACACGGAAAAUCAUUGAGAGGACUAAAGAACGAAGAGAGAAGCUGAAAAUGAUGAGCGAGACAGAUGGAACACACAGAAGACGGAGACCUUUGUCUGAAGACAUGUCAGCUAACAUAGAAACAGUUCAAGAUGAUGAUUCUCCUAAACGUCAGUGUCUCCGAUCAGCAGAACAAAAUAUAAAACCAGAUACCCCAGCUAUACGCGGUGUACAGUCGCGGAGAAAUGACUUGACUACUCUUUGUCUUAGUUCUGAUGAUGGUGAUUAUGUACCAGUCCCAGUACCGCGAAAGUCUCUUUGCCAAGAAGAGAACAGAGAUCCUAAUCAAGAAGUAUUCAAGCCACAGUGUCGCUCUCGUCUGGCUAAACUAGCUCAGCGUAUUAAUGCUUGGGAUGAUGACUAUUCAAAACAUGAAACAGUUGGCUUAUUUAGUCGACCCAACUCAGUUCAUUCAGUUGACAGGGAACGUGACAUACCAAUGACCACUGCUUUUACUGAAGUGCCACUUGAAACUAGGGAUUCUCGGUCAAGGUCUGCUGCUCCAGUGGCCCCUCAUAUGAGGUCUCCUCGCUCCAAAUCUGCUGCACCCAUAGCAUCUGCACCUGCAACACCUGUACCAGUGCGUUCAAAGUCUCCUGGUCCUUCAUAUGCUCCGAGAUCUCCAGCACCUGUUGCUCCACGUCUUAUGCCAAGUGAUGACUUAGAAACAGCUAUUGAGACUAUGUCAAGGCAGCAGAAGCCAUUAAGAAACAACAAAAAGAUCCCUUAUACUGCCAAAGGUAGUGGUCAUGACCAUUUGCAGGAUAUUCCCAGUGGAAUACCUGUUAAUGCUCGGGGGCUUAAUGAUUCCUUAACUCAAGGUGAAACCACAGAUGAUGAACCAACUAACAAACCAGUCUCUGAGCGAUUGGCUAAAUGGUCAAAGAAAGUAUCUGCAACAGAAAUUAACUGUGCUAGUCCUUCUAAAAGUGAAAAUACUCAGCCAAAUUCUAAAACCACUACUCCUAUGGGCAAUAGAUGCAGCCAGAACUUGUCAUCAAAAGUUGCUCAACUCGAAAAGAGCCUCGGGAUUUCAUCUACGCCAAAACAAAACAGAGCUGCAUUUAGCAAUCAACAGUCUUCCCAGUCAUCAGGUUCUUCUUCAGUGCAGAUUAACAGUGUAUCGUCGAGUGCACCGUCAUCAGCAACACACAAUACUCCUGCGGCUGAACCUAUAAAUGGGAAAAAUAAACAGGGUAACAAGCGCCGUGAGAGUUUUGAACCAACAAGCCAGUCAGUUUCUGAAAGAAUGGCUGAAUGGCAAAAGAAAGUCAACACUCUUGAAGCGGUGACUGAGAAAGAACCAACCGCUUAUCCAGUAAAUGCUCGCAUGUCUGCAUGGGAACAGGUGACUGCCAGUGGGAGUACUGAAUCCAACAAAAUGAUUAAGCCUAAAGGUACUACAUUACCUUGUCCUACUACAACACCUUCGAGACCAGUGUCUGCAAAUAUUCCCACAAGUGCUUGCAUUCCCAAAUCUCCUGGAAUGGCAAGGAAAUUCGAAUCUCCUGUUGUCAAAUCUAAUUCUGUUGAUGCUAAAUCUAAGCCUCUGAGUCCUUCAAAAGCCAGCUGUGCCAUGAAAGCUAUUCAACAGCGCUUAUUUGAAACUCAACAGAGUACCACCACUCAGUCAUUGGCUGAAAGAAUUCGGCAGGAACGAAUGGCUGAGCUGAAAGUACUUGAAAAUCGAUGGCAUAAUGGUAUCUUAAAAGAUAACACUGUGAAAUCUGACCAAGAAAGUGAUGUCAAUGAACCUUCUGCAACUGUACCUAAUGAAAAAAAGACUGGACAGAUGGUAGCAACAAGUGGAAUACCACCACCACCACCACCAUCACUGCCAGCACUGAGCAAAACAACAGCCUCUGCAACUAGCUCCAAGACGACUACAACUGCUUCUACUGGAGAGAGUAGUAGUAUAUUCAAACUGGUUGCAGUCCCAGAGAAGAAGUCUGCUCUAGUAAAUUCAGAGGAUACUCCUUUGAAAAGUGUAGUUAAGCAAGUUCGUUUUGAGGACAGCUUUGAAAGUUCAGAUGACUAUUAUGGAUAUGGACAUUAUCAAGAAUCCAGCAUUGAUGAUAUCAGCGAUGAGACUGAUGCAGAAAGAACCCUCGAGUCUCAUCAAGACUUACAGUACAUGGAGCAAGAUUUUGAGGACGAUUAUUAUUCCAGCAGUGAAGAGAACGAAGCCCUGUGCCGUGCUGCAGCUGCACAAAACAACAUGUCCCAUCCCGACAAUGAUGAGAGUGAUGACGUCAGCAUCAGUGCCUUCGUCCCAGAAUCUGUGCGUCAGCAAUACAAGCUUUCUUUGCAAACAGAAAGCUCCACUAAUAUUAUUGAACUGGCCAAACGCCAACAGCACCUGGAGAAAAGCAAAAAUCGCAAAUACCAGCCUCAUGAUAAUAUAGACAGUACCGAUGACACUUUGGAUGAAGACUACGAUAGCGAUGAGAUGGAAUCUAUGGCAACUACGAGUGUGGACGACUUGAUUGAUGAUGCUUUGGACUCGGAUACAGAUGACAAUAGACUCCAAACAACCCCGAUUCAAUCAGCUAACAAGCGUGGCAGUCAUUUGUUAGCCACUUGUACAGACAGUUGCUAUGAUGAUACAACAACAGAUGAUGAUGUGGUGAUGCGCAAGAGAAGCCCACUGAUGUACAGUAUUAGCAUGUAUCGCUCAAAAAGAUUCAGUAACAACACUACACCUGUUCAAAAAAUUGUCCGGAACAGCCGUCCUAUGAGCAGUGAAGAGGAACUGGAAAGAGAAAAACCUAAGGAGGAUAGUCGUAAGAGUAUAUUAGAAAGGAUAAAGCAACUCAGUAAUCAGGUAUCCCUUGAACAGACUGUAAUUUUGCAAACCAGCAACGCACUAAAUCAGUGCUGCACUGAAGGCUCCAAUUUCAGUGGUUCGGCCCAGCAAGUAGAAUGCCACAAGUUACUUUUAAUUGCCUGUCAGAAGCGUCGAGCAUAUCUAGAAGAAAUUCAGCGUUUGAAAGCUUCCAACUGCUUGAAUCCUUUUGGGCCUGGCACUAAAGGAACUUUGGCUAUAAGUGACAUCCGACUACCAUUAAAAAAAGACUUUGUCAGCAGAAUGAGCACAGUGUAUGAUCUGAAUGUUUUCUACUAUGUUAUACUUAUCCGCAAUGGUCCUCAAGUGUUUACCACUCAGCUUAUAUCAACACAUGAUCCAAUGGUCAGAGGAAGUUUGGACUUUCCAAACAUGAUAAAAAUGACAGAUAUUACAUCAAAAUUUCAAGUUACUUUGGAACUCUAUGAAAUGGUUAGGAUUGCUAACAAAUUUUUUUCUAUUAUUGCUUUUGCAAAAAUUCUUUUUAGCAGAUUCCGUAUUUCGUCUUACUUCCCUGUAGCACAUAUUUCCAGUAACCCAGCAGGCCCUACUUCAAUUCACAGCAGCAGCUUUACUCUCACCUGGUCUACCAGUCUGAAAAUGUCAAAUAUUGAUAAAAAUAGCUUCACUAUGGACCGAGUUCCUUAUGAUGCCCCGUUGAUAGGAUCUAUUUAUCUCCGUAUGAAAUGCAACAUGGAAACCAAUGUUAGUGAGAGUGGCUUUCUGACUAUGUUUGAAGAUGUAAGUGGGUUAGGUGCCUGGCAUAGGCGUUGGUGUGCUCUUUCUGGAAACAAAAUGAAAUAUUGGAAAUAUCCAGAUGAUGAAAACAGAAAGGACCCUAUUGGUUACAUUGACCUAAAGAGAUGUAUCACUGAGAAAGUUGGGUUAAUCUCACGAGAUAUCUGUGCUCGACCAAACACAUUUGAGAUGUGUACUGUAAGACCACUUCGGCCCGGAGAAGAAGACACAUUGGUCACUCGAAAACAUCACACAAUGGCUACAAUCAGACAUAUGUUAUCUGCAGACACCAAAGAAGAACGCAUUUUAUGGUGCAACAAAUUAAAUGAAGCUCUUGACAACAUCCGGGCUUGGCAAGUGGAUGCAUUAAAGCCUAUCAAAGUUCCAUCUCAUGCUGUCUAGCUGUGAUAUACAUAUUCUUUGCUUUCCAAUACCCACCUUUUGCUAGUUAUUACUGAAUCCUAAUGUCAUGUUGCAUUAGCUUGUGAUUGUCCUUAUUAUCCAGAUCAUGUUGUGAACUGGCUAUCUUACAAAUAAUGUCUAGCAACGAUACUAUUUAUAUAUAUAAUCAUAUUUAUUCCUUUUUUUUUUUUUUUCCUCUCUGUUAUAUAUGAGUGUGAUGUUCAUCUCAUGGUCACAAUCCAGGUAUAGCAGAUAUCUGCACUGAAAUAGUUUUAGAGGAAAAUUUACAAUAUUUUUGCACUUUACAUUGUCUCUUUGUGAUCAAAAGCCUUUCUGAACAAAUCACACACACUAAUAAACGAUUUUAAAACUUUCAUUCAUCAGAAAAUAUAUUUUGUGUAUUUAAACUAAAUAUUGAUAUAGAUAUUUGAAUAAUGAGAAAAUGAUGGGGGGGGGGGGGCAGACGAAAUAGAUACAGGUAAUUGCCAUGCAUUUGUUUACUUUUUUGUGGCAUUUUUAUAUUGAUUAUCAGUUUAAAGAUACACAAUAUUACGUUUGUUACUUAAUUCAAUUGAGUAAAAAUUGGAUCAGGACUAUCCUAAUGGUGCAAGUGUGUGUUGUUUGAAAAGAGAUCACAUUGGAAAUUUGUAACUUAUAUUUUUAAUCUGUAUGCUGCUGCUUUUUAUUAUCAUCAUAAUUAAAAGUAAGGUCUGUGGAUUGUCAGAGCAUUGGACAAUAUACCUUGUGGUAUUUGUUCCAAUUCUUUAUUCUCUGAGUUCAGAUCCCUCUAAAGUCAAUUUUUCCUUUCUGAGAUUGAUAAAAUAAAAUAUCAAUCAAGUACUGAGAUGGUUUAACUGAUUAGCCCCUCUCCAAAAUUUUUGGCUUUGUACCCAAGUUAAAAAUCAUUAUGAGCCGUGAAUUAGCGAAACUAGUAGUACUUGCGGUAUCAAGUUGUGGUUUAGGUUAACUUGGUCUUUCAUGUUCCAGGGUAAUUAUUAAAUAGUAGCCAAAUAUGGGAGUCUAACUAACCAUUGUACCCCACUCUAAUAUUUGUGUUUUUGUGCUGAUGUUGGAAAUUAUUAUUAGUAAGAAUAGUGGAUUGACAGAACCAAUAGUAUGCUGGACUAAAUAUCUCGCAGUAUUUAAUCUUGUCGCCACAUAUUCUGAAUUCAUACCUACUUCUAGCUGGUUUAUGACUCUCAUCUUGUAUGGUCAUGUCAUGUACAGAUAUGAACUGAAAUUAACUCUAACAUUUCAUUGUCUUUGUAACUAUGUUAGAAAUCAUUAUUAUCAUUAUUACUCAAGGUUGUGAGAUGGCUGAAUCAUUUGGACACUGGACACGAUACAUAGUAACAUUCUGUCCAUCUUUAUGUUUUGAGUUUAAAUUCCACCAAGGUUGACUUUGCCUUUCAUCCCUUUGAGGUUAAUAAAAUAAGCACCGUUAGAUACUGGGGUUGAUGUAAUCAGCUUCCCCUUCCCCUCAAAAACUGCUGACUUUGUGCCAAAUUUUGAGACUUAUUAAUAAUAUUACUACUUUGUUGAGGAGGAUGGUAAAUUAGCAGAUAAAGUGACCACAGGCAUGGCCAAGUGAUCAAGUUCACUUUACGUUUCUGAGUUCCUGAUUCCUGCCACUUCAUAGUAUUUUGGGUAUCUUUUGACAUAGUCUUAGUAAAAGUGGCCUGAUGGAAACUGCAUAGAAGCCUGUAGUAUGGAUUGCAUCUAUAAUUUAAUGGUCUAGCCUUGUCAUGUAUCAUUGAUCCAACCUGAGAAUUACAUAAAAUGUUCAUGUAUAUUUGAAAUACUCAGACAUACAUGCUAAUUUAACAAGUAGGUCCGGUUGUUCAUUAAAAUUAAUGGAGAAUCCAGCAGCACAGCAAGUAGGAUGUUUCGUAGGUCCUUUUAUAUUCUGAGUUCAGAAAUAUUGUAUCUAAAACUUCAGUAGGCUUUUUAAGUAAUUGUGGAAAUCUACUGUUUUAGUAAUAUCUUAUCCUUUGUAUUUAUAACUGAUGUCUAAGUUGACAUCUGUUAGAAAUUUAUAUUGUACUCGUCUUGUAUUUUCAUUUGUUACACUAGUGUGACAAGUGAAAAUUCAUCAAACUUGAAACCAGACAAUCUGUCUUAGAACCAUGAACAUUUUUAAAAUUAAGACUGGCUUAAGCAUUUACAUAUCUUUCCCCAACACAUGCAUACUUAGAAUUUUAAUUUUGAAGCAAAAUUUUGGGGGUUUAUUAUUUUUUUUCCUUUCUUUCCCCACCACAGAUUGCUUGUGAGUUUGUAUCAGUGACAAUACAAGUUUGUGAAUGAAUUGUUUGUGUCUGGAAGAAAUAGCUUUUAUACUAUACCUUAGCCCAUCAGUUACAGAAUACUGGUGAUGCAUAAUAUAUUUUAAUUAAUCUCCCACCUCAAUUUCUUUUUCUGAUAAAUGUAAUAUAUCUGUAGAAUGUUAACUGAGAAAGAUAUAUAAUAUAUUGACUAUUUUGUUGUUUAGAACCUUUGUGAUAUCAAAACCCAAUAGGGUAGGGUUCUUUUCUUUCAUCAGAGAAAUAUCUUGUAAACGAUUCUGGAAUAAAAACCUAUAUACAUGCA